CGGGGCGUCUCUGUGCCAGGGUCGUGGGGAGUCCGGGGGCCCCGUUGCCCGGGUCGUCCCGGCCCCCAUGCGUGUCUCUGCGUCUGCGGGAUCUUUGUGUGUCGCUGGUUCUCCCCGCGUGAGUCCGCUAUCUUCUCCGGGCGACCCGGGGUGUGUCUGUGAGUGUGCAUCUCGGUGCCUCUGGGUGUGAGUGCACGCCCGCAUCUUCCCCGUGCCCCCGUGUGAGUGCGUGUCUCCCGGAGCUGGCAUCCUCUCUGCCCUGUGUCCCGGGAGCCUGUGCGUGGGGACGUGUCUCUGGGUGGGAGCCCCCAGAGCCUGGGUCUGCCCUCUGCCUGAGGGUCUCUACUUGUGUCCUUUGAGUGUGAGUGGGUACCUCUGGGUGUGAGUGUGUGUACCCCACUCCCCCACGGGAGUCUCUGUGCCCCUCUGGUGUCCCAUCCCUCUGCAUGACUUCUGAGUGGUUUCUGUGCAUCAGUGUGUGUGUGUGUGUGACUCUGUGUCUCACUUUCCCGCCAGUCGACAGAACCUGCAGGUUCUGCUGUCACUGUGCUUCCCCCCCGCCCUGUGCUGACCUUGGGGGACCCUGGGAUUGCGUGAAGUCAGGGGAUGCUCCUGGCGCCUCUGGGCUGGGCUAGCCUCUCCCAGCCUGGACACACACCCUGGGAUGGAAAGGGGGGGAGGGCUGUCUAGGGGGGUGCCCUGGUCAGAGGGAAGGCCAUGGCUACAGAAGCAGAACCGGGUCAGGCCUGGACACUCCUUGAGGCAGGGAAGUGUAUCCGGGGUGGGCCCUGCUGGGGAUAAAGGCCAGCCCCCUGGCUCCCAGGGGUGGUCUCUGAGAGGGAAGCCCAGGCCUGAUGUAGGAGACUGUGGGGAGAGUUCCUCCUCCCUCUCCCAGGGCGGGGGCCCAGGCAGGGGCCAGGAAUCUUCUUUUAGCCUGGAAAGUCUGAGGACCCUGGCUCAGGCCACAGCAGGUAGGUCGUGGUGGGUGGACGGCACUUCGCCCCACUUUAGACCUGAGACCUUGCCUCAAAGUCCUUGGCCUUCCUGAGGGAUUCAACCAGGGGAAGCCCCUCCCUGCCUGCCUGAAGCACCAUCUGCUCCUCCUCGGAUGCUGGGGAGAGGGGACAGGUUGUGCACACUCAUUAAAAUGCUCAGCCCUUCCCUGCAGCCCUGCCUGCAUGGCCAUCAGCUGCAGCAUCCAUCUGUCUAUCCGUCCACCCACUUAUCCACCCAGCACUGUACCCCACAGUGUCCAGUCCUCCUACACAUAAUUAGAAAGGAGGGCCCAGUCUGGAAAUCUCCAAGCUCCCUGUGACUGUGGGUGGGGGCUAUCCUGCCCCUUCCUCAGGUUCCAGGGUGACGCUCAGAACCCUCCUCAUGCCUUGAGAGGCCUAAGGUUGUGCUGGGUCUGAUUCUCCCUCACCUCCCUCCUGCUUGCCUUCCUGAGGUCCCUGCCCCUCCUUCUUCCACUAAAGCCCCGUCACCCUUGCCAUUCCUUCCGUUGAAAGCUGGUCCCAUCCUUCACCGGUUCAUGUCUUACCCAGGACCUCUUCCUCUCUGCCAGCCAGCCAGGCUCACUCAUUCUUGUUCACGAUGCUGUUCCAGCCUUCACUGCGAUGAAGGUGGCUUGUUUACGCCCCCAGGGGACUGUAGAGAGCAAGGACCAUGUCUGUCCUGAUCACCAGCCUGGAACAGUGCCUGACAUAUACUCAUACAGACGGCGUGCAGGCAGCAAGGCAGCAAGGAGGAGCUCGGUGGUCGUGCUCUGGUGCCUGCCGUCGGGUCCCAGGCGUCUGGAAAAGAAAACGACUUCGGCAUUUCAAAUGCGAGUGCUGGGACGGUGCUGAUCUGAGCUGGACUUCGUCUGAUGGCUUCCUCCAACCCUCCACAGACUGCCAUAGGGGAUCAGCUGGUUCCUGCAGGAGGCCCAGGCCCCUCCCCAGAGGCGGAGGACGACCCUGGAGAGGCCUUUGAGUUUGACGAUAGUGACGAUGACGAGGACACCAGUGCGGGCCUGGGUGUCCCAGGCGUUGCUCCAGAGUACACAGACGCCCCACUGAUCGAUUUCGACGCUGCCCCGGUCACUGACGCAGACCCAGACCCAGCGGCUGCACUGCCCCAGACAAAGGUGCCAGCUGUGGUGAGCAAUGGAGAUGCCACGGACACAGCUUUGUCCAGGGUCCGGCGUUCCAGCUGGAAGCGGAAGAGCUCCCGUCGAAUCGACCGGUUCACUUUCCCUGCCCUGGAUGAAGAUGUGAUUUAUGACGACGUCCCCUGUGAGAACCUGGACGCCCAUCAAGCGGGGGCGGAGAGGAGCCUGCUGUAUGAGGAUGCGCCCCGCGACGGGGCGCCCAGGGAGGUGGAGGACCUAGGCUGGAGCUCCAGUGAGUUUGAGAGCUACAGCGAAGACUCAGAGGAGGAGGCCAAGCCGGAGGCAGAGCCCGCCAAGCACCGAGUGUCCUUCCAGCCCAAGCUUUCUCCAGACCUGACUAGGCUAAAGGAGAGAUACGCCAGGACUAAGAGAGACAUCUUGGCUUUAAGAGUUGGGGGGAGAGACAUGCAGGAGCUGAAGCACAAGUACGAUUGUAAGAUGACCCAGUUCAUGAAGGCUGCCAAGAGCGGGACCAAGGAUGGGCUGGAGAAGACAAGGAUCGCCGUCCUGCGCAAAGUGUCCUUUCUGCACAGGAAAGACGUCCUUGGUGACUCGGAGGAGGAGGACAUGGGGCUCCUGGAGGUCAGCGUUACGGACAUGAAGCCCCCAGCCCCGGAGCUGGGCCCCAUGCCAGACGGCCUGAGCCCUCAGCAGGUGGUCCGGAGGCACAUCCUGGGCUCCAUCGUGCAGAGUGAAGGCAGCUAUGUGGAGUCUCUGAAGCGGGUCCUCCAGGAUUACCGCAACCCCCUGAUGGAGAUGGAGCCCAAGGUUCUGAGCCUGCGCAAGUGCCAGAUGGUGUUCUUCCGCGUGAAGGAGAUCCUGCACUGCCACUCCAUGUUCCAGAUCGCCCUGUCCUCCCGUGUGGCCGAGUGGGACUCCACCGAGAAGAUUGGGGACCUCUUUGUGGCUUCAUUCUCGAAGUCCAUGGUGCUCGAUGUAUACAGUGACUACGUGAACAACUUCACCAACGCCAUGUCCAUCAUCAAGAAGGCCUGUCUCACCAAGCCCGCUUUCCUCGAGUUCCUCAAGCGACGGCAGGUGUGUAGCCCCGACCGCGUCACACUCUAUGGGCUGAUGGUGAAGCCCAUCCAGAGGUUCCCGCAGUUCAUUCUCCUGCUUCAGGACAUGCUGAAGAACACCCCCAGGGGCCACCCGGACAGGCUCUCGCUGCAGCUGGCCCUCACGGAGCUGGAGACGCUGGCCGAGAAGCUCAAUGAGCAGAAGCGGCUCGCUGACCAGGUGGCCGAGAUCCAGCAGCUGACCAAGAGCGUCAGUGACCGCAGCAGCCUCAACAAGAUGUUGACCUCAGGCCAGAAGCAGCUGCUCCUCUGUGAGACGCUGACAGAGACUGUGUACGGUGACCGCGGGCAGCUGAUUAAGUCCAAGGAGCGCAGGGUCUUCCUGCUCAACGACAUGCUGGUCUGUGCCAACAUCAACUUCAAGGGCCAGCUGGAGAUCAGCAGCCUGGUGCCCCUGGGGCCCAAGUACGUGGUGAAGUGGAACACGGCACUGCCGCAGGUGCAGGUGGUAGAGGUGGGCCAGGAGGGCGGCUCCUAUGACAAGGACAGCGUUCUCAUUCAGCAUGCCGGCGCCAAGAAGGCCUCUGCCUCGGGCCAGGCUCAGAGUAAGGUGUACUUCGGUCCCCCACGACUCUUCCAGGAGCUGCAGGACCUGCAGAAGGACCUGGCCGUGGUAGAGCAGAUCACCCUCCUCAUCAGCACACUGCAUGGCACCUACCAGAACCUGAACAUGACUGUGGCUCAAGACUGGUGCCUGGCCCUGCAGAGGCUGAUGCGGGUGAAGGAGGAAGAGAUCCACUCGGCCAACAAGUGCCGCCUCAGGCUCCUCCUGCCCGGGAAACCUGACAAGUCCGGCCGCCCCAUCAGCUUCAUGGUGGUCUUCAUCACCCCCAACCCCCUGAGCAAGAUCUCCUGGGUCAACAGGUUGCACUUGGCCAAGAUUGGACUCCGAGAGGAGAACCAGCCUGGCUGGCGAUGCCCAGAUGAGGACAAGAAGAGUAAAGCCCCGUUCUGGUGCCCAACCCUGGCUUGCUGCAUCCCUGCCUUCUCCUCCCGGGGCCUCAGCCUGCAGCUUGGGGCUCUGGUCCACAGUCCUGUCAGCUCUCCCCUGCUGGGCUUCUCAGCGGUCAGCACUUCUCUUCCGCAGGGCUACCUCUGGGUUGGGGGUGGGCAGGAGGGCGCAGGAGGCCAGGUCGAGAUCUUCUCCCUGAACCGGCCCUCGCCCCGCACCGUCAAGUCCUUCCCGCUGGCGGCCCCGGUGCUCUGCAUGGAGUACAUUCCAGAGCCGGAGGAAGGGGAGAGUGGAGAUGGAGACAGGGACGAGAGCCACACGGCCGCGGACCCCUCGGCUGCGGCGCACCCCACCAUCUGCCUGGGGCUCCAGGAUGGCAGCAUCCUGGUCUAUAGCAGCGUGGACACAGGCACCCAGUGCCUGGCGACCUGCAGGAGCCCGGGCUUGCAGCCCGUGCUCUGCCUGCGGCACAGCCCCUUCCACCUGUUUGCUGGCCUGCAGGAUGGGACCCUCGCCGCCUACCCUCGGACCAGUGGAGAUGUUCCCUGGGACCUGGAGAGCCCUCCCGUGUGCCUCACAGUGGGGCCAGGGCCCAUCCGCACCCUGCUGAGCCUUGAGGACGCCGUGUGGGCCAGCUGUGGGCCUCGGGUCACUGUCCUGGAUGCCACCAGCUUGCAGACUCAGCAAAGCUUCGAGGCGCACCAGGAUGAGGCUGUGAGUGUGACACACAUGGUGAAAGCGGGCAGUGGCGUCUGGAUGGCCUUCUCCUCCGGCUCCUCCAUCCGCCUCUUCCACACAGAGACGCUGGAGCACCUGCAGGAGAUCAACAUCGCCACCAGGACCACCUUCCUCUUGCCAGGCCAGAAGCAUCUGUGCGUCACCAGCCUCCUGAUCUGCCAGGGUCUGCUCUGGGUGGGCACUGACCAGGGUGUCAUUGUCCUGCUGCCGGUGCCUCGGCUAGAAGGCAUCCCCAAGAUCACAGGGAAAGGCAUGGUCUCCCUCAACGGCCACUGCGGGCCUGUGACCUUCCUGGCCGUGGCUACCAGCAUCUUGGCCCUCGACAUCCUGCGGAGUGACCAGGAAGAGGCCGAGGGCCCAAGGGCCGAGGAGGACAAGCCCGACGGGCAGGCCCCCGAGCCAGCACCCGUGCCCUCCAGCCACGGGGCCCGAGAGCUGACCCGCAAGAAGGGCAUUCUCCUGCAGUACCGCCUGCGCUCCACCGCCCACCUCCCGGGCCCGGUGCUCUCGGUGCGGGAGCCCGUGCCCGCCGACGGCUCAGCCCUGGAGCACAGCGAGGAGGACGGCUCCAUCUACGAGAUGGCCGAUGACCCCGACGUCUGGGUGCGCAGCCGGCCCUGUGCCCGCGACGCCCAUCGCAAGGAGAUCUGCUCUGUGGCCAUCAUCUCCGGCGGGCAGGGCUACCGGAACUUCGGCAGUGCCUUGGGUGUUGGCGGGAGGCCGCCCUCGUGCGGGGAGAUGGACAGCACCCUCCUCAUUUGGCAGGUGCCCUUGUUGACACUAUAGCCCCCACCCAGGGUGCACAGCUGCAGCCAUGCCCCACCGUCGGCCUGCCGCGGGCCCUUCGGUCAUCCAGGGUCCCCCGGGCAGUGCGGGCGGAAUCGCCUUCCAGGGACCGGCGCAGGGCCACGCGGACGGACGGGUCUGGGUCUCUAGUACCUGCCCCAGGCAGACUGGCCUGAUCUAUAGUAACUAUCUUUGCAGAGCAGAGGAAAACCCCUUCCUUUUAAAAAACAAAACAAAUUUAGAGUGUUUGGGGGAGGGUUUGGGCUUGUGGAGAGGGAAGACUCCUCUGGAGGAAAUGGCCAUUUUUAAAAACAAAACACAAAACCUCACAACUGCUUGGCAAGCCCAGCGCCUCCUGUCCGGGCCGAGCGGGGCCCAGAGGCGGCCACGCGCCCCUCCUGGAAGGGCGUGUGUGUGUGCGUGUAUGAGAGCAUGUGGGCUGCUGUGUGAAUAUAUAUAAAUACGUAUAUAUGGUGUAUAUCAUCUGUGUAUAAAUAAAAUCUGUACAUAUUGGAGCUCUGGGAGAUGCUGGAAUAAAAGGCAAGAGUAACGCCA